AUCGAUCCGGUUUUUUUGUCACCGAUUCGUAAUUUUUAACACGGAACCGGUUCCGGGUUUUCCAUUGGUUCUAAUCGGCAGAGGCGCGCCUUUUUUUCAAAAUCCCGGAAAGCGUCGAUGCCGACGUACACACACCGGUCACGACCAGGCGAGAGGCCCGACACAUACCACAGCAGACGCGAUAAACCCACACCAUGAACAACAACGCCGUAGCAGCGGCAGGCCGGCCAUCUAGAGCGGGGUUCNGUUGCUUCUGAGACUGCAGGAUGCAGGUGAAAGUGGUGCUGCUGCUGGGCAUGGGGUCGCCCCGACCGCGCCUGCUGGCGCGACACAGCGGGCUCCGAGCGGCAUGGCCCGCCAAGCCGUUCACAGCAGGGUUACCCCCCAUACCGGUACACAACAGGGGGUUCCACCUGGCGCGGUGAUGAUGCCGGGCUUCUCGCACGACGCUGAUCGGCAAGCUCGUCAGGCGGCCUUAGUAAAGGUUCUCAACGACAGCGAUUUGGCGACGCCCCACAAAAAAAUUGGAUCGAGUCGGAGAGCGGCGACGACGACGACGAGGGGGGGGGCACAGCCCGACGUCAAGUGGCAGCAUGUGUCGGUAGAAGACAAUUCAGCUCCGUCGGACAUUGGCUCACAGUCGGGAUAUGUCGUGUUCGAAAACGAAAUUCGGGAGGAGGGGGAGGAGGAGGGAGUCAUCCCUGCGAAAACGCUGCUAAUGUUUCGAGGCGUCGUCAACAUGGUCGCCCUAGCACGUGACAAGCCUGAACCGUUUACAGUCGAGGGUGUGGACUACAGUGUGGCGGACCUUUACGACGCCAUGGAGAAGGAAGACAAACCGGAACUGGAGGAUUCUGCCGGCGGGAGUUCGUCCACGGGUGGUGCAGCCGGACCGGACGGGGGUGGUUCCGCCGGAGGGAGUGGCAGCAUCACGGAGCGCAAGGGCCCACACUGCAUGAUGCGGCUCGUUGGGAUCCUGUGCGAAGACUCCAUCCGCCCACUUGUCAUCAACAGCCGCUUGCAGGCGACCCGGCAGGAGCUGGACACCUCAGCAGUUGGGCCGCGGAAACACUCGUGGACAGAGGUCACCGNUUUAUUUUUGGCAUGGUACUCAACAUGAGUAUUGCAGGUGCCUGCUAGCGCGGUAGCAAAAUCCAUUUAUGCCAUUAGGUAUCCAACUCCAAGAGCGGGUCAACCUGCUGUUGACGUCUACCGGUAACUUAUGUAGUGGUUGCUGACGCCGACGACCAUACUGUUGUAGAUGCUGCUGUAGUUGCUUCGUUGCCUAUAAUAGUGAAAGACAUUGAAAACGGGCUGAAGUUUUUCAAAAGAAUGCACAGAUAGCCAGACCAUAUUUUAUGCCAGAAGAAAAUAACAGGCCAGGAACAGAUCGACAUUGGCCCUUUCCGCAAGAGAGGUGCAUUCCCCCGUUCUUUUUUUUUUCGUAUCGAAAUCGAGUUAAAUUCCUCGCACGUCCGGGGGGCGUCAUCUUUGUAGGUGAGAAAAAUCGUGGACGACGAACAAGUGAGUCACGUCAACCCGAACAUCAUCCAGCAAUCUAACAUCUCGGCGGAAAACAUUACCAAGAUGUGGUCUGCGGCAAAGGCGAAAUGGAACACGCCUAAUGCCAACUGGAAGAGUGAAUCCGGCAACAACCAGCCAUGGCUUUCAUUUUGCCAAGGAAAGAGAUGGGUGACGUAGGGCUGGGUACAAAACAGCGUCUGUUUUCUCCAGGAACCUUGGGCGAUUUUGUGGCCGUGGCGUCAAUUGUGCCGAUCCUACUUCAGCGUGUAAGUGCUGCUACGGUCGGAGUUUUGAUAUUGCACUUGGAGUUGUCGACAGUGUUGUAAAACGUACUCCCGGGAUGACGUCCAUAUUGAGGCCUGAUUGAAAAGGAUUGUCUGCACCAUGAACUUUUAUCGCGUAUCUUGAAGCAAACCAAACACCUUACCAAUUGCUCCAAACAGACCACUCCCCGCCCUCGCUUUGCGCUUUGUUUUUUUUUACAGGGGACACGGACACGUACAUUCUCGGUUGCGCAAUCGAGCAAUACCCCGAGCUUGAUCAAGUGUGCAA